UCGUGGUCGCCAUGUUUGGGAGGAAGCUUUACAAGACGAAGCUCUGCUUACUGUUCCAGAGGGGUCGAUGCCCUCGCCAGAGCUGCAACUUUGCCCAUGGCGAGGCGGAGCUCCGUCGCUUCAGCGGGUCUUUCAGUGGUUGAAAUUAUUAACUAUCAGACAGCUUUUUGGGAUCUCCAGCAAUUGGCCCACAUCCUGGUUUUCUUAGACUCACAGUUGGUGCAUGGUAGUUUUUGAUUGUUCUGGUGUUGAUAAUGACCAAAUGAAGGCGAAGGAUUAUAAAUACUAGAUUUUGUUGUGUACUUACUGAUAUAUGCUGGCUCUAGUCUCUACAUUAUCAACAGGUUCAGCAAGUAAUAUAUGAAACAUUUGGUUGAUUUCUUGCGCUCUGGAUUGGGUUUCAUGUUUUGGGUCUUUAUUUGAUGGCCUCUAAACAAUUAUAGAAGGUAUUUGUUGCAAGAUUAUGUUGGGAGAUUCUUAGCCAGAUCAGCAUCAAUUACCUGAUGGAAGACGCUUUACUUCUCUUAAUGGCUCAUCAGUGGGAAAUAUCUCAGUGUCAGUUGCUUAUGUUUUCUUUUGCUCCAGAAGAGAUCUAUUACAAGUUUCCCAUCAUCUAUUUAUUGUAUAUUCAAAGGACUCUCAGUGAUCUAAGAUCCUUGCAUGGGUCGACGUGAUCUUCGAAGUGCAGACUUAAGAGAUAAACUUGACAGAAGGUAUUCUCCUCAUAGGAGGGUAUCUCCUGGCAGAGUUCCAAGGGCUCAACAUUCUUUUCGCUAUCAAAAACCAAUCUCCCGUGAUAGAGGCUCUAGUCUUUCAAGGUCACCCAUCAGGAGAAGUGACAGAAGGCAUAGAAAGAAACAUCGUACAGAUGGAGAAAGUGAUUUUUCUGAAAGCUUCAAAGCUUCUGAUGGUUCAGAAGAGAGGAAAAAGGAAGAUAAGGUUCCAUCCUAUGAUGAUAAAGAUGAUCUCGAAGAGCAGCUAAGGCAACUUCAGUUGGAUAUUGAGAUGCUUGAUGAUCACAAAUCCCAACUUGAGAGCUUGUUGGAUGAGAAAAUCAAUGAAGCUCACAAGCUUUCUACUCGAAUGGAGGAUCUUGAAUCCCAACUUAAUAAAGAACAAGAAGAUUACAAAAGGAUCACUUCAAAAAUAAAAAAGUUCAUCAGAGCUCAUGGACGUUAUAUAAAAGCACAGGAGGAGUUAAAACGGUCACAGACUCGUCUGCAGAAGAUUGGAGAUCAAUUUAGUUCAGACACCUUAAAACUUAAUGCCUAUGAAGAUGAUCCAAGUGCUAAUAUUAUCAGUGACGGGGAUCCUAAUGCUGAUGGUAAUUCAAGAAAGAGGGAGAGAGAUUUUGAGGCACCUUUCAGAUCAGAGAAAUCACAGAGGUCUGAAAGACCUGCACCUAUGUCAGAAACUACCAUCAAAAGAAUUGAAACAAUGAAAGCAAUCCUAAAAAGAAAUACGUCACAAGUGGAAGAUUACAAUCACAAACAAGGAAGAAAUGCUUCUAGCAUUGGAUCUUUGGAUAAGGGUAAGGGUUUGGAAGUGCGUCACAGCUUGCCUUUGACUGGUAUGGCUGCUCAUGCGAUUGAUGAAUUGCUAGAAGCCAAUGAGUUUGAUGAGAAACAUGAAGCUGCAGAAACUUUUGCAGUCAAUGAGACAGAUGAUGCAGAUCGUUCAACCAAGAGUACUUGUAUACCUCCACCACCUCAGGCUACUCAAAAUGCAUACAAGCAGGUGGUAGUGCAAACCUCUGUGCUUGAUAUACCAAUGUACCAGGGUGACGAUGAUGAGAUUGAUGUGGAAAAGGUGGAUUCUGAAAUGUUAGACAUUGACAUCAACAGCGAGGUGGAUAUCGAACAGGUAUGAUGAUAUGCUCAGUCGACGAUGAAGCUGUUUGCUGCCUUGCAAUCCCUUUUUUCGUUUCUUUCUUGAUUCCUCUCUGUGCACUGGUCAUUAGUCAGGAAAUAGUUUUGGCUACAGAAGUACAAAUUGUGUUAUUCCUAGGGCUGAAAUGACUUGUUGAAUAUUGUUGUUAUUUGUAUCCUCUCUUUGCUAUAUUAUGGGAAUGGGCUGGCUGAGGAGCUAGGCGAAUCGCCUUUCCCACCAUGUUUUAUAAAGUUAUAUUAUGACAGUAAA